AUGGCAAACGAAAUAGAUCAUAGCUCGGAGCUAUACCCACCAAUCAGCUCGCCGCUGAACACCACCACCACUGCCAUCAAGAAUGCAUCCUCCACCCCACCUCAACCGAAAGCGAAAGCUUCGGGAUCAACGCCAAUGAGCAUGCCUUCAAUCCUUGGUAAUGGUGGUGUUGCAAGCUGGUCAUCAUCCGCUUCCUCUUCUCACCCAACUACCUCUCGCGUUAAAGUGCGCUCCAGCGGCAGGUCGAAAGAAUUAGGCCGACGAAAACAACGGAGAAGCGAAAACGCACGUCUGCUCUCCAACCCUCACGCGGUUGGACCUACACUAAAGGAUUACCGGCUGCAUAGCAACCCAAUUUGUCCCAGCUUCUCUUCCUUACCCUCGAACUUAGGGAAAGGUGUUCCCGUACCAGCACAUAGUGGAGCAAAGCAUUCGGAGCCGAGUUACGAGGCCGAAUCGGCAAUAGCAGGACACUUUGGUAAAUCUCUUCGUGAUGCACACCAAAUCCUCAAAAGGUUGGAAGCGGGCAAUGUAAACGAUGGCAUGGUUAGGGAUGGCAAAGCUGGAGGCUUGGAGAGGUUUAUUUGGUUGGUUGAUAGAGAGAUUCGGACUUGGGCUCAGGCUGAGAUUCAUCUCUACCCCUCAUCUAGCUCUGCUGAGCGAAAGGUGGGAAGGGUGUUGUUGGAUUCUGAUUUCAACUUCACCAGCACACCCUUGCAACAUGACUCCACUGCAGCAGAUGGACAUGUCAAGCACUUUGGCGUCAAUAGCAUCGAUGGCAUUCACGACCUUGAGGAGAAGAAACAUGUAGAUUUAAACAGCAUCAAACAGGGAGAAGCAGGCCAACUAAUAGAGUUCCAACGAACUGCAAAUGCCCUAGUAUGGCUUGUACACGAUCCUUUCCUCCGCCUCGUAGUUCAUUGCUUGGCUAGAGUGUCGCGUUGUCCUUCUUUUAGUAAAGACGAUCCUAGUCGAGCAGGUUUACGUUUCACCUGGAUUCUCAACCGUAAGCCUAUGGCCAGAGGGUCUAGGAGGGAUCGUCGAGUUUCUGUUUCGAGUUCGGCCAUCUCUGCCCCUACUGCAACACUUGGCCUGAACGGAGCCAGAAGACCAAGCGAAGCAAGAGUAGCAGCAGGAGGGCUAGGAAUCGAAACCCCACCAACAACAGACUUUGACUCGGCAACCGAAAGCGAAAGCGGCGUUGAGAGCGAGAGUGAAGUUGACAGGCAAGAAGCAGCGCCAGCGGAAGAGGAAGAGGAAGAGGAAACGGAUCAAAAAGAGGCGCAAGUUUUAACAAGAGUACCAAGGUGGCCUAUCGAUCCUCAUCGAGAGCGAGAUACCGAGGAAGAGCAUGACGAGGCGAAUAGGGCGAAGCGGAGAACGACAAAGUUGAAACAAGUGCACACGCACAACCAGCAGGAAGGCGAGCACGAUCCAGAUGCCACACUCACCGCCAACGACGUUAUUGCAGAGGAGGAUAAAGAUGAGGUUGAAUCAUAUACAUCUGCAUAG